UGAAAUUUACUCGCUCGCUCAACAUUGUUAGGUUAGGUGCGGAGCGCCUCAAUCAAACAGAUCUAGUUAUGAAAUUCUAUCAAAAAUGCUUCCUCAUGAACAGGAACAUACAGCAAUAGGAGAGGCCAUACUUUAGAAAUUAUUAUGUAUUCUUAUUAAAGAUACGUCUGCUGAUAAUAGGAAAGAAGAAUGUUCAAGGAAGUAAUCGAUGUAGUUACUAAUUUCGAAUAUAAUUCUAUUACUGGAUCUGUUCCUUGUAGCAGGAAGACAGAAUAGUGGAGGAUGUUACGAGACGUGAUCGUUUGAAGACAGCUGUAAGUGAGAGAUUGUAACCACAACAUUACCACAUUGCACUCGGUUGAUGCCAGUACGCGCCCUAUGUAUCGAAUUUGAGAAGCGUUGGUGUAAGUUCAGUAAUUGUAUUAUUUAAAAAAAUGUCACAAGAAACUAAAAAGGGGAAAAAGAAGCAGGUGACGAAAGAAAAGUCGAGUCAUAAAGAAGAGAAAUCUGAAGAAAAUACGAAAAAAUGUUCAAAUGAAAAUGUCAAAUUAAAGUAUGGCCCUUUUGUAACGUUUCCUUACCAAAGGAUAUGGUCACGCUCUGCUCUAAUACUUGCAGUAUUAUUUAUAGUUUGGUAUAAUAGUAAGUGGGGUAAAGAAGUCUACUUAGCGAAACAAAAGGAGGUUCUGUUAAGUCGUACACAAAAUGUUGAAUGUUCGAAUGAUUAUAAGGCUGAAACAAGUAAAUAUCAUGAAUGUGUACCAGAGAAAUGUGGAAGGAUAGUUUCAGAUAAACUAGUCUCAUCAACAGAAACUGAUGUAUUGUUAAAAAUAGCAGAAACUGGUAUAAGUUUAGGUGGUUCUGAUGGAGGUGCAAGUAUUUUAGAUCUUCACUCAGGUGCAUUGAGUAAAGGUCGUGAUUUUAUUAACAUCUAUACUCUAUCUGAAGCUAAAACUAUAUUUAAUAGUGCUGAUUUUGCAAUUUACAAAGUAGUAAGAACUAAAAUACAACAUGCAGUGGCACAUAAUUUUGGUGUUCCUGCUAAUAAAAUAUUUUUAACAAAACCAACAUUCUUUUCAAGAAUGACUAAUGCAUCUGCAAAAACAAUUCAUGAUGAAUAUUGGCAUCCUCAUGUUGACAAGGAAACGUAUAAAUCGUUCCAUUAUACAAGUUUGCUUUACUUAAACGAUUUUGGAAGAGAUUUCGAAGGAGGUCGAUUUAUAUUCAUUGAUAAAGAUAAUGUUAAUACAACAAUAGAACCUCGUAAAGGUAGAGUAUCUAUGUUCACGUCUGGUAGUGAAAAUUUACACGCGGUUGAAAAAGUACAGUCCGGAGUUCGUUAUGCGUUAACUGUAUCUUUCACGUGUGAUUCAAAUGCUGCAAUUUCUGAUCCUAAUCAUCGAAUAAAGCAGGAAAAAUAAAUUUACUUUAUAAAUAAAAAAAAUACAUAAACAUUCCAUUUAGUUUUUAAGAAUAUUUCUGUAUAUAAAAUAUUUUACUUCAAAAAUAGAAAGUACUACAUAGUAUUGUA